AUUCGUUAUUAAAAAAAAGGAUAAACCAACAUGAAGACCAGAGAGCUGUCUAUGGGAGAAAAGUCAGCCAUUCUGAAGCUGAGAAAAGACGGAAUAUCAUUCAGAGCCAUUGUGCAAGCAUUGAGCAUAGCCAAUAUAACAAUUUGGAAUGUCCUGAAAAAGAAAGAAACCACUGGUGUACUAACAGCCUGACAUCAAACAGAUCAGCCAAGGAAAACCACAGCAGUUGACGACAGAAACAUUGCGAGAACUGUGAAGAAAAACCCAAGAACACCAGUUAGUGACAUCAUCAACAACCUCCAGAGGGCAGGGGUGAAGGUGUCAUAAUGCACCGUUUGAAGAAGACUUUGAGAGCAGAAAUAUAGAGGCCGUACCACAAGAUGCAAAUCACUUAUCAGCAGUAAGAAUCAGAUUGGAAUUUGCAAAGAAAUACAAAGAUGAGCCAUAAAAGUUCUGGAACAAAGAUUAACCUCUACCAAAGUGAUGUAAAGGUCAAAGUGUGGAGAAAGAAAGCAUCUGUUUAUGAUCCAAAACAUACGAGCACAUCAGUCAAACAUGGUAGAGGUCAUGAGUGUCAUGGCUUGGGUUUGAAUGGCUGCUUCUGGAACUGGCUCACUGAAACAGUCUACAGAAACAUUCUGCCAAUUUACAGAGAAAUGCAUCCAGUCUAAUUGGGAGGAACUUCAUCAUGCAGCAAGAUAAUGACCCAAAACUCACUGAAAACAAAACAAAGGACUUGCUCAGGGGAAAAAAAGCCGACGGGUUUAGACUGGCCAAGUCAAUCACCAGACUGUGUCCCAAUUGAGCAGCAUUUCACCUCCUGAAGAGGAGACUGAAAAGAGAAACCCCCCCAAAACAAACAACAACUGAAGGAAGCUGCGCUACAUGCCUGGAAAAGCAUCAUAAAAGAAGAAUGCAACAGUUUGGCGAUGUCACUGGGUUGCCAGCUUGCUGCAAUUAUUGCAAGCAAGGGAUAUGCAACCAAAUAUUAAAUAAGUGUUAUUUACUUGAAUUUAUUUUCCUAUACUUUUGCUCACCUAAAAACUGGGUGGUCCACCACAUCUGGAGGCAAAUAUCAGGAAAUGAAAGCUGAAUUUAGACAUUUUAUGUACAUCUUAAAGCUAUACAUAUUGCGCUAACAAGGUUAAAAAAAAUGUUAGUUUGGUUUUAAGGUUAUCUUUAAUAUUUUUGAGCUGUUUUUCAGUAGGAUCAUUUCAUGCACAUUAACCUUACUGACAUACUGACAUUUAUGUGAUAAUCAAUGAUUUCAUGCUUUACUCUUAAUAAUAUGGUGCCAGAGACAACUACCGUUUGCAGCUUCUCACACAGCUGAUUAAUGAGCUUGUCCCAUUUCACUGGACAUCUGGUACUUUCUCUUAUAAUUAUUUACUCGUGUCUAAAUGCCGUUUUCAUUUUGUCUUUACAGUCAGCAUUGAUGUGGAGGAUGGUAGGCCAUAAUGUUUCAACUGCGCAUGAUUUGGAAGAUAACUAGGGUCCAAAAGUCAUCUAAUAGCACCAAGAACUGUUUUUAUUUUCCUUUACAUAUUUGUUUCCUACAUAUAUGUGAUGACAGAUUUCUACACAAAUAGUUAUAGCAUUCACUCCAUGCUUUAUACAGUAUAUGCAUUAUAAUCUGUCUUUGGUACUGCUUUUAAUCAGUAUAAAAAAAUAUAUAAUGACUUCUUGACAACACAGAAGGAAGAGAAAUAUUAAACUGAAUUGUUUUAUUUUUCAUAUCUAAUUAAAUAGUGCUUGGUGACCUUUGAACCCUAUUGCAUAUACAAACACUCUUACACACACUUAGCUUCUCCUUAAUAAUUGUUUAUACCUGAUAAAUAUGUGAUGCUGAUAAACUAACCAAAAUACCUAUUUUUUGCAGGAGAUAAAAGUGACAGUAUUUACUUUGUUGAUAUUGAUGUGGACGGAAGAAGGCAGCAACGAGAGAUGGACAAAAAGAAGAGCGAAAGAAAGAGUAAAGUUGACAAGGGACAAGUGCAGAGGCUACGGCGAAAAUCAGAUCAUCUUCACAACAGUGAAAGGAAAGGGAUAAAGAGAGGAGGAGAGGUAGAGGAGAUUCCCAAGGAAAGAAAUAACAGUAAGAACAAGAGGACCAUGAAACAGCAGGAGGUAGAAGGAGAAGAAGAAGAAGACGCAGAGAGGAAGAUGAAAAUUAAGCAAGAAAACAAUCAAGAAAAUAAUCAAUUAAAAAAGAUGAAUCAGGAAUGGAAAAAGGCAAUAGACAACAGCUCUGAGGCGAACUCUUCAUCAGAUGAAGAGUUUGUGGUGAACUCGCUGAGUGAGGAGGAGCUGGAGAAACUGAUGGAAGCCAUAGAUGAGAGGAAGAAGUUCAUCGCCACACUGAGAGCAAAACCUUGGCCAAUGCACAAGAAACUGUCUAUGCUCAGGAUGUCACAAGCAUUUAUAGAAAAGUACGACAGCACUGUAGGAAAAUGCAAAGGAAAGAAGCUGUAUGCCUACAAGGUCUUCAUGAUGAAGGUCAGCAGUCAUGAUCUGAAAUUUAAUAUUCAUCAUGUUCAUGCAAAAAUCUGUUCAUUAUACCACUUAUUUACCAACAUAGUUGUUUCUUCAUGGACUCUAAGUGGUUUGGGCUUUUGUAUGUUUUGCGAGUUUUGUAAUGUAGACGCUCAAAAAAAUUAACAUACUACGUAUGCACAUACACACACACACACAUACACACAACGCAAUGUUUCCUUAUGGUGCAUGAAAUGGUGCAUACUUCAAGUUGUUUUGUGUUUUGUGUCAUGUAAUACACUGCCCCUGCGUACUCAGAAAUGGACAAAGUUUCAGAGACACUUCCAUAACUUUAAGAAAGCCUGCAUUCCAUGGGAGAUGAAGAUCAAGGAAAUUGAAAGUCAUUUUGGCUCAUCAGUAGCUUCCUAUUUUAUACUUCUGCGAUGGAUGUUUGGCAUCAACAUAAUUCUCUUUGUCCUGUCCUUUGGGCUUGUUAUGUUUCCUGAGGCAUUAAUGGGGAAGCCAUAUGGGAGUAUUCCCAGGAAGACAAUCCCCAAGCAAGAACAAGCCAGUGCUUUGGAUUUUGACGUCAUAUAUGACAUUGGGGGUUACCUUAAGUAUUCUGUCAUGUUUUAUGGCUACUACAACAACCAGAGAACAAUUGGCUGGCUCAGGUUCCGCAUGCCCCUGUGCUACUUUGUGGUUUCGAUGGCCAGCAUGGCUUACAAUUACAUGGUGGUCAUUAGAAGCAUGGCACACAACACCAGUGAAAGUAGUGGAGGAGAUGACACCAACUUUAAUUACAGCUGGAAAAUAUUCACCAGUUGGGAUUACCUCAUUGGAAACCCGGAGACAGCCGACAACAAGUUUGCCUCCAACACCACAAACAUUAAGGAAGCCCUUGCUGACGAGAAGGAGACUCAAAAGGUUACAAACUUCCGCGUGACGUUACUCUUCCGUCUCCUGGCCAACUUUCUGAUUAUCUCCAUUCUGGCAGGAAGUGGGUAUCUAAUCUAUUAUGUAGCGCGCAGGUCUGAAAAUUUUCUCCGGGAUGGGAUGAACAAGCACAACUGGUGGGAAAGAAAUGAAGUGAACAUAGUGAUGUCUCUGUUAACCACGUUCGGUCCAAUGUUUUUUGAGGCAAUAAGCCAUUUGGAGAAUUAUCACCCACGCAUUUCCCUGUGCUGGCAGCUGGGCCGUGUCUUUGCCCUUUACGCAGGCAACCUCUAUAGCUUCCUCAUAGCCAUCGUUGACCAGGUCAGAUUCACGAUGGCUGAAGAAGAGGAAAUGAAGGUUAAUCUGACCAUUUGGCAGUCUCACAUGUAUAACAGGUCCACAGCGGAGAAUUCGACUGGUUCUCCAUUCAGAGUGGAUCCUGCAGAUGUACCCAGAGGGCCUUGCUGGGAGACUUUGGUGGGACAGGAGUUUGUACGUAUGCUGAUUACAGACACAUUGACUUUUUACAUUGUGCUGCUGAUCAAUGACUUCUUCCGAGCAGUUGUGAUUCGUUUCCUCAACCACUGCUGGUGCUGGGACCUGGAGUACAGCUUUCCGUGCUAUUCGUUGUUCGAUCUGAGUGGGAACUUGCUCACCCUCAUAUUCAACCAAGGAAUGAUCUGCAUGGGGACGUUAUACGCCCCCUGUCUUCCCGCACUCAACCUCAUCAGACUGCAAACGUCCAUGUAUAUACAAGCCUGGGGUGUCAUGUGCUGCAAUAUCCCUCAUACACGCAUCUUCAAAGCCUCAUAUUCUAGCAACUUAUACAUGGCCAUACUGCUGGUCAUCAUCUUCAUCUCCACACUGCCGGUCAUCUUCACCGUUGUCUCUAUGCCUCCAUCCUUUGACUGCGGGCCUUUCAGUGGGAAACAACACAUGUAUGAUGUGAUCCCAGAGUCGCUGGAGAUGGAUUUUCCAAUCUGGCUCGGAAAAGCGCUCAGCUACAUCUCAAACCCGGGACUGGUCCUGCCUUUCCUACUGUUCCUGAUCCUCACGAUUUAUUACCUAUAUGUCACAUCUAAAACAUACAAGCAGGCCAACCUUGAUCUGAAAAAGAAACUGAAGGCUCAAAGUGAGGAGAAUAGAAGUAGGAGCAAACUUGAAGCAAAGAAGAUGGAUGAAUAUUUGGAGAAGACCAAAAAUAUGGCUGCCACAGAACAACAGGACAAGCAGGGAAACAACAAUUUGUCUUUGAAAGCUAGAGACAGCAGCAAGAGCAGCGGACAGAGUUAUCUUCCUCCUCCUCCGCAUAUUUACAGUGGGGGUCGAGGUUCUGGCCUCAAAUACUCUCGCAGACCUACUUACACUCGACCCCCGGCACCCCGGUCUCACCUCAUGCACGGGCAACUUCCAGGAUUUCCGCCAUAUUAAAGAAGUAGAAGAAGUCAGAAGAUAGAGCGGGUCACAUCAGACACUAUGAUAUAUUUCAUCUUGUGUUUCUUUAUCACUAAUUGCUCCUGGAGAGUCAGUUCUCUGCUGAAUUUAUUUUCUAUCCAGAUUAACAUAGCUUCUGAAGUGUUUCAUUAAAUACGAUGGAAUUCAUUUAGUUAAUUAUUAUAUUACUUUUGCUAGUCUUUAACAUAGACAAGUAGUAAGAUAGACUGCGUUGUUUAUGUGCUCAGAUAAAACCUGGAUUGUCUCGGAUUUAAUGAUUCUGCAGUGCGGAUGCUCAGCUGAAUAAAUCAUUUCGGGUUUAGCAAUAGACAACAUCAUAAUUCAAAUUUAAUAUAAGCAUCAUUUUGUUGUGGUUGUUUGCUUUAUAAUAAUGAUAAUGGACUGAAGACACAAUUGAAGACCACAUUUUGUUCUUUACAUAAUAGAAAAACAAAAAAGCAAGAGAAAAAAUGAAAAAUAAACAGUCAAAUAAACAUCUAAUAGGCCUAAUAAUUAUCGCAUCAAUCACUGGUUUGAUUUAACAAUAUGGCUUCCGCCUCUUUAACAUAGAACUAGCUCUUUUUUGAACUAGAAAUACAGCAACAGAAAGCUUGAAGUUUAGGAACUUUAAUCGUUUAUAUAUAUAAAUAUAUAUAUAUAUAUAUAUAGAUAGAUAGAUACGUAUGUUGCACUGACAAUUUUAUUAUGCACAAUUAUUUUAACAUAGCUACAAGACACUAAAUUGGCUAUUUGUCAAAUUAAUAAAAUAAUGCCAAUGUUUCCAUUAAAAACAAAAACAAAACAUAGUCAUGGUAUAAAGGAAAAGCUGACCAAGCAAACAUCUGCUACAAUUCCAACUCAUUUUAAACUUUGUUCAUAAUUUUAUCCAUAAAAAAACUGGUCUCACAUUAAGGUGCUGUGUUAAUGGCCUCAAAUGAUAUUCCAUAGUGUUUAUGAGUUUAAAAACAUGAAUUUCAGCAUGAAUUUCAAUGUGGUUAUAUCAAGCUCUCAGACCUUGACCUCUCACUAUGCAAGCGUAGUAGCUCAACUCUGAAUAUGGGCCUAUUAGAAUAAUCUGGAGAAAAGUAGGAAACAAGGUACAGAAA